GCAGUAUUCGAUGUUCAGAAUGAGAUAGCACAACAUCUGCAGAAUUUGAAAGUUUCUAACUUUAGAAUGAUUCCUGUUAAGAGGGAAUUUGCAUUUGAACGAUCUGAAAUUCCUGCAGGUGGAAAUUAUGUGAUGAACUUAAAUUGUUGUUGUCUUCAGAGUAGAUAUUAUGUGCUGGUCACUCUUUUAUCAUUAUAAAUGCCAUGAAUCUGAUGCACAACACAAAGAUUCUAAACCUUGUUCAGACCAAAAAAAUGCAAGGCAUAAGAUAAUCGUUGGAGUGGGAUUUGGAGUUACAGCUCUAUGCCUUGUCUUUAUAAUAGUUGGAAUCUUUUGGUGGAAGGGCUACUUCAAACGAAUAAUUAGGACAAUAAAAGGUACUGAAAGACAAGAUUCACAGAAGGGGAUAUUUACGUUAAAACAAAUUAGAGAUGCCACAUAUGAUUUCACUCCAGAUAAUAUGAUUGGAGAAGGUGGUUUUGGUCAUGUCUACAAGGGUCAAUUAUCUGAUGGAACAUUGAUAGCAGUCAAACAACUCUCAUCAAAGUCACGGCAGGGAAAUCGUGAAUUCUUAAAUGAGAUAGGCAUGAUAUCUUGUUUGCAUCACCUUAAUCUUGUGAAACUUCAUGGAUGUUGCAUGGAAAGGGAUCAAUUGAUAUUGGUGUAUGAGUACAUGGAAAGUAAUAGUUUGGCUCGUGCUUUAUUCAGUGAGUUUCUACCCAAAGUGCAAACUAUUGUAUUUGUCUUUUACCUUGUCAUCUAACAAUUAUAUUUAUAUAGCUAGAUAGCUAUCUAACAAACUAGAUUAUUUUAUACAUCAAAAUCUCUAGAUUAUAUGUUCUGCAAGAUAAGAUGCUAAGUGAACAUUAUGAGAUAUCCCUAGGAGAUCUGAUUAAUCUGAGGAAGUUUGUCUUCACGGAAAUUUAUCCUUUUCCAGAAUUUGCUGAUGAAAAGCGGGUCUCUAUCGGACGUUAUGCUUCGAGGCAUGCCGUGAAUUUUGCCCACUAUCUCCAUGAACAGCUGAGCCACAGCUUGUGAUGUGUAGUGAGGGGGAAGCAUGCCAAGAUGCACCCCCUUAGAGAAGCGAUCCAUGACAACGAAGAUGCAUGUGUUGCCACGGUAGGCUGGUAGUCCCACGAUGAAGUCCAUCAAGAGAUCUUCCCAUGGUUGAGACGACACUGGUAAUGGACAUAGCAGGCCCCUUGGCUUUGCAGGUUCAUAUUUUAUAAGUUGACAAUCCAAACAAUUGGCAACGAAGUUUCGAGUGUCAACCGUCAUAGUGUUCCAAAUGAAGUUCUCAGCCACUCGAUCUAAGGUUUUGCGGAAACCCUUGUGACACCCAGUUGGAGAUUGAUGAAAUUCCGAGAGUAAUGUCUUGAUAAAUGAACAAUCUGAGGGUAACCAAAUGCGAC